UGUGGAACGCGGGCAGGGGGCUGCUCUGAGAUCUUGCAAAAUCUGCAGCAGCAGCCUCUGCAGGAACUGUUGUGAUCCAGCUGAAAGCAGGCUGGCUGAGAAGCUCCUCUGGCUAGCGUGGGUGCUGGAACUAGGGGUGGUCUGCACCCUCUGGCUUGAAGCGGUUUCCAUCGUAUACAGAUAGCGUGGAUUUACAGGUUUGGCGCAGCGGCUCUCAGCACACCCUCCAUACAAAUUGUUCCAGCAUCUCUGGAAGCCAGUGGUUUUCUACCUCUUGUUUUCAUUUGCAGAGCCCUAAAAAAUUUCAGAUAGCGUGUGUGCAAAUAAGUCCAGAAUGCUGAAUCUGUGACAAGAUAUAUUGGAAUGAUACUUAUUUGAAAAAAAAAGUCAUUCUAACUAACAUAUACAUAAUCUAUGCUGUCACUUUGAAGUUGACUAUAUAAUGACUGAUGCAAGGAGUGGUGGAAGCAAGGGAGUCCCUGCUGCAGGAGACAACCACCCCCCAAAAAGUAAACCUAAAUUUCAAGGAUGGUGACUAACUCCUUGGCAUAUGUCAGGAAAAAUACAUAGAAGAGAGCUAAAUAAAAACUAAGCAAAACAUGAUCUCUUCAUUGUGGUUCAUUUGCUGUAUAAUUCCUCAUGUUUCUUCAUUCAAUGCUGAACAAAGGAAGCUAUCUAGUGAUUUCGUACUUAUAGGAGAGCCUAUUGCUAUCAGUUGUCAAAUAGCUAAAAUUCCAACACUUCACUCUGACUACAAUCUGACUUGGUAUAGAAAUGGUAGUGAUACACCAAUAACUACAGAGACACGUUCCAGAAUCCAUCAGCGAGAUAACGUGCUUUGGUUUAUUCCUGCAACUAUAGAAGAUUCAGGACUUUAUGAAUGUAAUGUAAGGAAUUCUGACAGCUCUGACAAAGAAUAUAUACAUCUACAUGUUUUCAAGAACAAUGAUAGCUUAUGUUUUAAUGGAGAAACUAUGUAUAAACAAAAAGUAUUUAUGUCAAUUGGUGGAAAGAUUACUUGUCCUGAUCUGGAAUAUUUUAAUGAUGAAAAUAAUACCGCACCUGAAAUACAGUGGUAUAAGGAAUGUAAACCUGGAUUACUGCAAGACAACAGAUUUCUCUCUUCAAAGGGUGACAUCUAUCUUAUGAUUAAUAACGUAACUAUGCAUGAUAAAGGAAACUACAUGUGCCAGACAACAUAUACUUAUAUGGGAAUACAACAUAACGUUUCACGAACCAUUUAUGUAGACAUUGAAGAAGGCCCAAAGAAGACACCACCAGUGUUUGUUUAUCCAAAAAACCAUUCGAUUGAAGUAGAACUUGGAUCUCAUGUCAUCAUGGACUGUAAUAUAUCCAGUAGCAUAAGUACUUUGAAUCCGUACUGGCAAGUCAAUGGUGAGGAUGUUAAUAUCUUUGAUAAUACCUAUGAAGAACAAUUUUAUGAAAAACCUUCCCAGGGAGGUGGUUUUAUAAUUGGAGCAAGAUUCAACAUUUCAAAAGUGAAAAGUAAGGAUUAUUCUCACAAGUUUUUCUGUCGUGUUUUGCAUCCCUAUGGCGAAGCUGUAGCAUACGUUGUACUAAAACGCCCAGCUCCAAACAUUCAGGGCUACUUGAUUGGAGGACUUGUUUCACUGGUAUUUAUAAUAGUUGCUGCUGUGUUUGUCUACAAGCUACUCAAGAUUGACAUUGUGCUUUGGUAUCGGAACUCCUGCCAUCCUUUUCUGAGUAAAAAAGUUUCAGAUGGGAAGAUCUAUGAUGCAUAUGUGCUGUAUCCAAAAAACAGAGUAAGCUGCCUCUAUUCACCAGAUAUCUUUGCGCUAAAGAUAUUACCUGAGGUCUUAGAGAGACAGUGUGGAUACAAUCUCUUUAUAUUUGGAAGGGAUGAUUUACCAGGACAAGCUGUUGUCAAUGUCGCUGAUGAAAAAAUCAACCAAAGCAGAAGAGUGAUAAUUGUGUUAGUACCAGAAUCAUCCUGUUAUAAUGUGUUAGAAGAUACCUGUGAACAGCAACUGGCUGUGUACAAUGCUCUUAUCCAUGAUGGAAUUAAAGUUAUUCUAAUUGAACUGGAUAAAAUAAAGGAUUACACAAACAUGCCAGAAUCUAUCAAAUAUAUUAAGCAAAAGCAUGGGGCCAUCAGAUGGAAGGGGGACUUCACAGAGAGAUCUAAUUCAGCAAGUACAAAAUUCUGGAAAAAUGUACGAUACCAAAUGCCACCCAGGCAAACUGUGUCUCCCUCAGAACUACAGUUACUACCAACAGCCUUUAAUUCUCCACAUUCAGUAAUGUUAGAAAGAUGACACCGAAAUUCAGUUUUAACAGCUGGGAGCAGCUCACUUCAACUUCUUUUUAAAUGGUUGCUCAUAGGAUACCCAUAUGUGUUAUACACUGUCCAUCUCAUUUGGAGACUUACAGGAUUAAAGCCUCCACAACAUCAUUAUCGACAGGUUUGAAAAGCUGAUUGAGCAUUCAUUCCCCUGAGCAGAUCAACCGAACAUUCUGAAGCAUUGUUUCAAUAUUGCAGUGGCCUGUAACAGGAACUGCAGGACUUCUUCAAGAAAUGCAUUUUUUUGUAAGGAAAACGAAAAACAUUUUUUGCACUUUU